AAAUGACAGCUCGCGCUCUUCACUACGUCUUCAAAGUGGCGAAUCGUGCCAAGACCAUCGACUUUUUCACAAAUGUUCUGAAUAUGAAAGUUCUUCGCCACGAGGAAUUCGAAAAAGGAUGCGAAGCAACUUGCAAUGGACCAUAUAACGGACGAUGGAGCAAGACAAUGAUUGGAUAUGGCUCAGAGGAUGAGCAUUUUGUUCUAGAGAUCACAUAUAAUUAUCCAAUUCAUAAGUAUGAGUUGGGUAAUGAUUAUAGAGCAAUCGUCAUCGAUUCUGAUCAACUCUUCGAAAAAGUCGAAAAAAUCAAUCAUCGUAAAUCUGGAUGUGGAAGACUAGCUGUGAAGGAUCCAGAUGGCCACGAAUUCAAGAUCGGAAAGGCUGAUCAAUCGCCAAAAGUGUUGAGAGUUCAAGUGAAUGUUGGAGACUUAGAGAAAUCCAAGAAAUAUUGGAAUGAAACUCUCGGAAUGCCGAUUGUUGAGGAAAAGUCGAGCAGAAUUCGAAUGAGCUAUGGUGAUGGACAGUGUGAGCUGGAGAUUGUGAAGUCUCAGGAUAAAAUUGAUCGAAAAACUGGAUUCGGAAGAAUUGCAUUCAGUUAUCCUGAAGAUAAGCUCGAAUCUCUCCAAGACAAGAUCAAAUCAGCCAAUGGAACUAUUAUAAACGAGCUCACAACUCUCGAAACUCCAGGAAAAGCCGAUGUUCAAGUUGUGAUUCUUGCCGAUCCAGAUGAGCAUGAAAUCUGUUUUGUUGGUGAUGAAGGAUUCAGAGCUCUCAGCAAAAUUGACGAUAAAGCCGAGUCUGAGCUCAAGGAGCAAAUCAAAAAGGAUGACAGCGAGAAGUGGAUCUAAAUUUUGUCAUUAUAUUUUUAUUUCCAAUGUAUUUUCCUUAUAUAAAUUCGAACAUUCCUAGAA